AUGAAUUUCAUGAAAAUGCCUUGCAGAUAUAUCGAUUAUCUCUUCUUAGGAGACUAUGUUGAUCGGGGCCAGCACAGCUUGGAAACAAUUACUCUUCUGCUAUCUUUGAAGGUUCCUGGUCAGCGGUAUUGUCCACCCGUGGAAGUCUUUAAGAGUUGCUGCAGAGAAGUUAAAAAAGGUUGUGUGAGACCAAACAGCUCCCGGUAUUAUCUCUCUUUUGUUGAUCAAGGUGGAGAGGGGAAUCGAUCAGAACCAGUAGAACCUCAUCUGGUAGUCCAAAUGGACACAGAGAGUUCUGUACCUCUAUUAUUUUUGUACCAGAAAACCUCUGCCUCGACUAUGUUUUGA